CACGUUUGAACGUCUCUUUCAAGUUGAGGUGCAACUUCAAGCCUCUGGGGUCAACGUCAUGGUCCUGAGCCUGUCCGAACCAACGACAUGCCACUUCGCAUCGGAUUGGGCUGCUAAUGCCCUCACUGUCGUUCUCAUGUUUGGCCUCUUCGCAUCCUAUAUUCCACAGCACUUUCGCAUCAUUCGAGCAGGCACGUCCAUCGGUUUUAGUCCGUGGUUUCUCCUUCUAGGCAGCACGUCCUCUGCGGCAGCCAUGCUGAACAUUAUUACGAUGCAAGGACCAGUGCUGCGUUGCUGCCUAGAAGUGAGUUUCGGAAAGUGCGUUGAGAUUUCCUCAGGAGUCCUCCAAGUUGGUUCCCAGUGGUUUCUGUUUUCUAUGAUUCUGGUGCUUUACAUGGUGUACUACCCUCUCAACCACAAGUACGUUGAACUCGAGAUCGACACGCAUGACUCACGUCCGGUCCAACGUGUGCGAUCAGACAUAAAGAGCGAGGAGUGGCGGCUCUCCGUCAUCAUCUCUUGGGCUGUGACCAUUCAUCUUGCCUUCAUCACCUUUACUACCUUCUUCCUCUUAUUUACCACCGGUCCUUUAUCCGAUCCCUCUGGUCGACGUCCUCACCAGAUCGAGCUCUGGGCAACAUUCCUUGGCGUCAGUUCAGGUAUUCUUGCUGCAAUUCAAUAUGCCCCGCAACUGCAGCGCACCUACCGUCUCAAACUUGUCGGCGCUCUCAGCAUACCCAUGAUGGUUAUUCAAAGCCCUGGUGGUGUCGUGAUGGCCAUAUCCAUUGCUACGAAGCCCGGCACCGACUGGACAAGUUGGGUCAUGUAUGCGGUCUCUGCUGUUAUGCAAGCCUGUUUGCUUUUGAUGUGCCUUAUGUGGAAAAUACGCCAGAGAAGGCUUCACAUAGAUGAUUUUGGUCGUCCUCUGGGUCUACCACCAUCUCCUGGUUCUCCUGGUGCCCAAAGCAUACUCCCAGCCGCAAGCGACGACGGGGAGUUUGAAGAUCACGUCGAUGUAAGGGUGGUUGAAGAAUCGGGCGGAGCUGGCGAGGAUACGCCACUUCUGAAACCCCUUGAUAGGGUCACACAUAAGGGUGGGAUACUCGGGUGGCUGGAACGCCUCCGAUCAUAAUAUACUUCCUCUCCUAUAUUGGUUGCAUCGUUUACUUUUGAUUAUUACUAGUGUAGAUUCCCUGGAUUUAAAGGACCAUUCACUCCAGACUUAGACUUUGUUCGCCCUCGCCAUAAUUUGGGCUUUGAGCCUCACGAAAACUUAAAGAAGCAACUGUGUUCUGUUUUUUAAUGCCUGGGAACAAUAUCGCAAACUAUUGAAAAUUGAC